AUGCGCGCCAAAGGCAUCGCUUACUACUCUUGGAAGCUGCGCUGGAACGCCUUCUGGACACACCAGCUAGUUGAAUGUCGUCGAGCCAUGGACAUUUUUCAACGCGUCACCAGGGGAGUCCGGGACCUGGAACUACCGCUGCUUAUUAAGCAGAACCUUCAGAUGGGUGACUUCGCUCUUGAAAAGUCCCCUCCGGGUUCGUCUUCAUACCAAGGCUGUGAAUAUCGUUUUUACUAGUUUGUCUACCUUUCCUUCAACCCUCCAACUGGGAAAGCUGACGAGUUCAGGUUUACGCGGUCGCUUUGGUUUCACCUGGUCAGCGGUGCGAUUCAUUGUCAAGAGAUCGAGCUAUCAUCGUUCUCUCUCUCUCUCUCUCUGUCCGCGCGUACUAGUUCGUAAUUAACUACUUGCAAAUAGUCACCGUUCCGGUCUGGAGUAGGCCGGACAUAAUUUUAGUCAACUUGAAAAGAUGCUUUGUUUCUCUGCAGUGUUGGUUACUUGGGACAACAGAGGGUGCUUUGUUUCUCUACUGUGCGACAACAGUCGAGCGUGCAUACGGUUCUCGUCGCUGCCGAGUACCAGGACAGGUCAUAAAAGAUUUGCCCCCAUUUUUAUAACUGACUACAUCUUUGAGAGAAAGACUGGUGUUUCAGUUAUCUGCGGUGCGGCAACAUGUCUGCAGCUGAGGGGCGAGGAGAGCCUCGUUAAUAAUUACGAAAUCUCCUUCUUUCCGCCUAGACUUCUACUACCUACCACCCGCCCUGGCUGUUUCUUGCUAUGGUGCACGGUGUGCCCUGCGCUUCGACUCCUGCACCCUAGACUCCCGCAACUGUCGUCUGCCGGCCUACAACGCCAACACACCCACCGGAGAAGAGAGGUUCGCUUCCGACGGCCAGAGUCUCCAGCCCUCACUUUCAGGUAUCCUGGCCUUCGGUGCGAUGCCGUCCGCGCCGCUGGCCAAUCUCCUACAACUGGUCUGUGCCCCCGCCACCAGCGCGCAACGACGAACCGCCCUGGAGCGUCAACUUAUAGCCGGCGAGUAG